AUGUCUUACGCCUAUUUAUUCAAAUACAUUAUUAUUGGUGAUACAGGUGUUGGUAAAUCAUGUCUAUUGUUGCAAUUCACCGAUAAACGUUUCCAGCCUGUGCACGAUUUAACAAUUGGUGUAGAAUUUGGAGCCCGUAUGAUAACAAUAGAUGGUAAACAGAUUAAAUUACAAAUUUGGGAUACCGCCGGACAGGAAGCAUUUAGAUCUAUAACACGUUCAUACUAUCGUGGAGCCGCUGGUGCUUUACUGGUUUACGAUAUCACAAGACGUGAUACGUUUAAUCACUUAACUACAUGGCUAGAGGAUGCCAGGCAACAUUCAAACUCAAAUAUGGUUAUAAUGCUGAUAGGCAAUAAAAGCGAUUUGGAAUCACGCCGAGAAGUUAAAAAAGAAGAGGGUGAGGCUUUUGCCCGAGAACACGGCUUAGUAUUUAUGGAAACAUCAGCUCGCACUGCAGCAAAUGUGGAGGAGGCUUUCAUUAAUACAGCAAAAGAGAUAUAUGAAAAAAUUCAAGAAGGGGUUUUCGAUAUCAAUAAUGAGGCAAAUGGCAUUAAAAUUGGUCAACAACAUUCCCCGACGUAUCCAGCACUGCCCGGAACUGGAAGCCAAGCUGGGUCAGCAAGUAGUGGCUGCUGUUAAGAACAACUUUGUAUAAUAGCUUGUGUUGGAUGUUAACUGACAGCAAAGCAAACCUAUCUAUUUUUUACAACAAAAUCAAGAAAAAAAAAAA